UGACCGACCGACCGCCAACUCCUCUCAACCUCGAUCUCUUUCGUGAGUUUCGACGUAAAAGCUUCAAAUCUUCCCCAGCCGACAUCUAGGUCCAAUUCGUACGACGACAAGCGCCAUCGUAGGCAUUCCGAUGUGAAAUAUUAGUCAGUUUGCUGGCUUCCAGCGACGUGAUACCAGUCGGCUUAGAGAAAACCGCGCAUUUAGCCGACUUCUGCGAACUAGGCGUCUUGACAGGUCUCCACGAAGCUAAACGCUCUCAGCUCAGCCGUUUAGAGAUCCUUCGGUGGCGCGGGCUGUUUCAUCAUGACUUAUAAACUUUUGCGACGGAAUUGGAGGUCGACGAGAGCCAUGUACUAUACGAUGAUACCGGAGUUGCUAGGGACUGUAGCCGUGUUGGUCAUGUUCGGAAUUUCACAACCAGAUCUAUACCGGACCAAGUUAUGGCGAGCCGGCAGCGAACUCGGAUUCAACUCGAGCCCUAGCGUCAUCCUAUGGGCGUACGCCAACUACGAGCCUCAGCCAACGCUACCGUUCGUGUGGUCGCAGACAUUGACCAACUUCAAUGUCGCCAUCUCUGUUCUCAGUCUUUUCCUCCUUCUCACGAAACUUAUAGCAUUUAUUAUGCAUGUCUGGUUCCCGAUCAUCGCACUGGUCGUCAACAUCUCACUCAUAGCAUUAUACGUGACGAGUUUAGCCGGCCAGGCAGGUCCGGAUUACCUCGACCCGCAACAUCCGAGUCGCAUCGCUUGGUACAUCGCUAAGCCAUGCACCGUAGCUGCAAAUCUGAGUGUACAGAACUCUUGCCGUCUAGCGAAAGGCGGGUUUGCCGCAGCAUGUAUCAUGCUUGGUAUUUACGCUAUUAACUUGGGCCUGAAUAUAUGGGCUCUGCUACCAAAUGAGGAUGAUAGGAAGGAAGUUAUUGACGACGAUAACGAGAGCACUUCUUCGCCAGCCGCGUUGAAAGGAGGAAGCCAAUGGGAGAUGCACGGUAUUCCCCAGACGCCGAGGACAGGGACCGUACCGUUUACGCCACGAACUAUGGCAUUUAACACGCUCGAGAGGAAAUUACCUCUGCGAAACCAGUACUCAUGAGGAACCAUAUUCCGUUCCUAGAAAUAGAAGUGCUAUAAUGGAUGCGGUAAACCCCCACCGCGCUUGGAAUAAAUGGUGGGCUUAUUAUCUUGCUCUGGAAGCGGAUAUUAUUGGGAUGAUAUAUCCACGAAGUCCACAAAUAUUAGGAUAUGGGAGAGUGAUGAGGCUCUCUUAAAAGUA